CAUCUUGAGGGCGCCUCUCUUUCGUUCUCUCUUUGCAGCUGCGCAGAGAGAGGUGAGGUAUAUACAGGUUGGGAGAGAAAGUCCAGAGAGGCUGACUCUCCUUUCUCUCUAUAUUCGAACCCUAUUCCUACUCUAUCUCUCUCUCUCGUGUGUUCUCUCUCUGUGCCCACUUUCCGUUAUCUUUUUCUCUCUACAACUCAACUCAGGAUUCGCAUCUCGAGUUAUGCAGCAGGCAGAUCAGACCGUCAUAAGCUUGCGUCCAGGUGGUGGUGGUGGUCCUCGCGGCACCAGAUUCCUCGGCCCUCGCUUCGACUCUUCCUCAUCGUCUUCAUCUGAUGCUCAGCCUCUUCGCCCUCACGGCGGUCUCGCUCCAUCGUCGUUCCUCAAGAGUGGAGACUUGCGGUUUGAAGGUCGUGAACGUGUCCGGUACACCCGAGACCAGCUGUUGCAACUUAGGGAGGUUGUUGAUAUCCCUGAGAAUAUUUUGAAGAUAAAACAAGAGAUUGAGUCUGAGUUUGGUGGUGAAGACCAAAACUGGAAUCGUGGAGAUGGCAACGUUCAACCCCAAUCCCAAAGUCGUUAUACUGAGCCAGACAACCGUGACUGGCGUGGCCGAUCUUCACAGUUGCCUGCCACUGGAGAGGAUAGAUCCUGGGAAUCAAUUCGAGACAAUAAGGAGUUACCCAGUCGAUUUGAGUCAAGGACUCAGGACUUGAAUAACCGUCAAGACCAACUAAACUCCCAGUUUGUGAGGGCUCAACUAUCUUCUAACCAAGGGGUAGGGCCUGCUCCUGUUCUUGUCAAGGCUGAAGUGCCAUGGUCUGCUCGAAGGGUGAGUCUAUCUGAGCAGGAACGUGUUCUGAAGACAGUGAAAGGCAUACUGAACAAAUUGACCCCGGAGAAGUUUGAUGUUCUCAAAGGUCAGCUGAUUGAAUCUGGAAUAACCACCCAUGAUAUUUUAAAGGGUGUUAUCUCGCUUAUUUUUGAUAAGGCUGUGCUGGAGCCCACAUUUUGUCCCAUGUAUGCUCUUCUAUGCUCAGACCUUAAUGAGAAGCUGCCGCCAUUUCCCUCUGAAGAACCUGGUGGGAAAGAAAUUACCUUUAAGCGAAUCCUCCUGAAUAAUUGCCAAGAGGCAUUUGAAGGUGCUGACAGCCUGAGGGCAGAAAUUGGGCUGUUGACUGCCCCUGAGCAAGAAGUGGAACGGAGGGAAAAAGAAAGAAAAGUGAAGCUCCGAACUCUUGGAAACAUUCGCCUUAUUGGUGAACUUCUUAAGCAGAAGAUGGUGCCUGAAAAGAUUGUUCACCACAUUCUUCAGGAGCUUUUGGGACAAGAUGGUAAAACUUGCCCAGCUGAGGAGAAUGUGGAGGCUAUAUGUCAAUUUUUUAAUACUAUUGGAAAGCAGCUGGACGAGAGCCAAAAAUCUCGGCGAGUUAAUGAUCUUUACUUCAGCAGGUUGAAGGAGCUGACGACAAACCCCCAACUUGCACCACGGUUGAGGUUCAUGGUUCGUAAUGUUCUUGAUCUGCGGGCGAACAACUGGGUCCCUAGACGUGAAGAGGUGACAGCUAAAACCAUCACUGAAAUUCAUUCAGAGGCAGAGAAGAAUCUAGGGUUGCGUCCAGGUGCAACUGCAAGCAUGAGAAAUGGUCGUAAUACAGGGGCACUUGGUGGUAUGGGCCCUGGAGGCUUCCCCAUUUCUAGACCUGGUUCUGGGGGUAUGAUGCCUGGAAUGCCUGGGACCAGGAAGAUGCCUGGAAUGCCUGGGCUUGAUACUGAUAACUGGGAGGUUCCUCGAAACCGUUCAAUGCCAAGGGCUGAUGGUGUUGGAGCCCAGUCUGCCUUGCGUGUCCAGUCAGCUUUAAUCUCCAAACCAGGGCCAAUCAAUUCAAAACUUCUACCCCAGGGCAGUGGGGGUUUCAUAAGUGGGAAGACAAGUGCCUUAUUGCAGGGUAGUUCUGCAUCGACAUCUCAACAGCCUUCCAGCUUUGUUUCGGGAGUUGAGCCUAUUAGUCAAACCCCUAAGCCUGUUUCUCAGGUAGCACCUGUUCGUACUCCUGAGAAACCACAGGCUGCUGCACCAAGAUCAAAUCCUGUUGAUCUUCGUAGAAAAACUGUCUCCCUUCUGGAGGAAUAUUUCAGUGUUCGAAUUCUUGAUGAAGCAUUACAGUGUGUUGAGGAGCUGAAAUCUCCUGCAUAUCACCCUGAGGUUGUUAAAGAAGCUGUUAGCCUUGCCCUGGAAAAGAGUCCACCUUGUGUAGAACCAGUCAUAAAGCUUCUUGUGUACUUGUUCAAUAAAAAUGUUUUGCUGGCUAGGGAUUUAGGGACUGGAUGUCUCCUCUAUGGCUCACUGUUGGAUGAUGUUGGCAUUGAUUUACCAAAAGCACCAAAUAACUUCGGUGAGGUUCUUGGGAAGCUGGUUUUGGCCGGGGGUUUAGACUUCAAGGUGGUGAAGGAGGUCCUGGAGAAGGUGGAAGAUGACAGGUUCCAGGCAGCCAUCUUUGAUGCUGUCAUGAGCAGCAUUAGCUCAGACCCUUUGGGGCAAGGAUUGAUGGAAAAACAUAGACUUGAUAUCCAGGACUGCAAGAGUUUGCUUGGUUGAUUCCAGGCUGUGUGUCUUAGUCAUCGCAGGAAGCUGCUCAGCUUUCUAUAACAGGGGAGAUCAAAUAAUUGCAAUACUUUUAUUUAUUCUUCCCAUAUUUUGCCAUAGUUUCUUGCUUUCAAGUUUUACAAUUUGUCACCAGUGGACCAGGAAACUACAGAAUUUUAUUCAGUUGUAUAUUUUUUUUUCGAGUUUUUCUCUUUUUUCAUGAAUUUGUUUAUUAAGUGAGGAUUAGCAUAAUGCCUUGUAUCUCUCUCAGGUUCUAGAUAUUUAUUCCCAGAACCCGGAGAUGAGCAGGCUUUGUUGUUAUCCAGUUGUUACAUUAGAUUUUGAAUUUAUAUGUACCAAGUAAUUUGGUUUUUGCUACCCAGGCCACCAUGGUGGGCCAAAUUUUCAA